AUUGUUUUAUCUGCUGCAUUAUGUCCCAUGGAAACAAAGGAUUAGUUUAUGGCACAGAUGGGCAACGUGUAGCCCUCAGGGAUCUUACCUUUUGUUUCAGUAGAAGCUCAUGCUGUUCAUUGGAUGGGAAGCCCAAACUCUUCUUUAUCCAGGCAUGUCAAGGACAGCAAACCCAGGAAUGUGUACCUGUGGAAUCUGAUGCCUGUAAUGCCUCACAUGACACUGAUGUGACAAACGUUGACCUGAUUCCAGGUGAACCAGAUUUCCUGCUUGGGAUGGCCACCGUAUUGGACUGCUUAGCCUUCCGAGACCCUAAUGAAGGCUCCUGGUACAUUCAAUCUCUCUGCAAAGAGCUCAGUGCAAAUUAUCAGAGAGGUGAGGACAUCCAAUCCAUCCUUACAAAAGUAAAUAAGCAAUUGAGCAAGAACUGUGCGCCAUAUAAAACACAAAUGCCACAACCCUGGACCACUCUCAGCAAAAAGCUUGUCUUCAAUCAACCA